GAUUUGAACAUUUUUUUUUUAUUACAAUAAUUUAAUUUAGCUUAUUGAUCAACUUAUCAACGAAUCUUUGAAUAUUGUAACAAGUUAUAUAAAAACGUUCAAAGUACAUAAUCUAUGCCCCUAAAAGGAAUCAAAGUACUUGAGCUAUGUGGUCUAGCUCCAGGUCCUUUUUGUGGAAAAGUUCUCACAGAUUUUGGUGCUUCUGUGACAGUGGUCGACAAGGUUCUCCACAAUCCUUUAGAUGUACUCAAUCAUGGAAAACGUUUCCUUCCAUUAAAUCUAAAAAAUCCCAAUGGUCAACAACUUAUCCGAAAACUAUGUAAGUCUUAUGAUGUAGUAAUAGAACCAUUUAGACCAGGUGUCAUGGAAAAAUUAAAUCUUGGACCAGAAAUUCUUUGCAAAGACAAUCCCAAAUUAAUAUACGCUCGAUUGACUGGAUUCGGUCAAAAUGGUCGUUUGGCAAAUCGUGCUGGUCAUGAUAUUAACUAUGUUGCUUUGUCAGGAGUACUUUCUCUUUUAGGCAGGGCCAAAGAGAAACCAACUCCUCCCAUAAAUAUUCUAGCUGAUUUUGCUGGUGGUGGUCUUCUCUGUGCAAUGGGAAUUUGUUUGGCUUUACUUGAACGCCAUCGAUCUGGGAAAGGUCAAGUCAUUGAUAGUGCAAUGGUUGAGGGAGCUGCAUAUGUCUCAAGUUGGAUAACCAUGUCUCAAAAAACUCCCAUUUGGUCUGGUGAUGGGCGUGGAACUAAUUUUUUAGAUUCCGGAGCAUUUUACUAUGAUACUUAUGAAACAAAAGAUGGCAAAUUCAUGUCUGUGGGUGCUCUGGAAGAAAAGUUCUUUAGAAACUUUGUUGACAAACUUGGUUUACCACAUCUUGAACAAUCCAUUUCAAAUGAAGAAGGAAAAGAACUUGUUACUAAAGCUUUUCUAACAAAAACCCAAAAAGAAUGGGCAGAGAUUUUUGAAGAUUGCGAUGCUUGUGUUUAUCCAGUUGUGGAUUGGAAGAAUGUUAUGCAACAUGAUCAUAAUCAAUCUCGUAAAUCAUUUAUUCAAACUGAUGAGGGUGAUGUUAUACCAAAUCCUGCUCCAAGACUGAGUAGAACUCCGGGAAGAAUUAAAUUUGAAAAGGAUACGAAUGCAUUUGAUGCGGCUUGUGAUAUUUUAGCGGAAAUUGGACAAAGUACUAACGAUGUAAAGAAAUUGAUUGAAAAUGAGGUUUUGUUAAUUCCAUUAAAUGCAAAGUUAUAGUUUAAGAACAAAAAAAAAUGGAAAUGGUGACAAGGACUUUAAUAAAGUAUUUGGUGUUAGUAA